GACGGCGUUAGGACCCAGAGGCGUCCGCGAGCGAGGUUCGCGGAAAGGCAGCCAGACCCCUCCUUAUCUCCAGUGUCAAACUUGACAUCAGGCUGGGAGCGAGGCAUGGUAACUUCUGGAGCAUUCAUUGCGCUCCCCCUCGCCUCAGUGGCAUGCUUCACGGAGAUAUGCUCCUCUUACUGCCCUCUGCACCAGCAUCAUGGAUUGUCACCUCUCCAUCCUCCUCCUCCUCAGCUGCUCCGCUCUGCGCUGCUCGGGGGAAACGCUCGUCCAGCCUUCCAAUGAAGUCAAUCUACUAGAUUCAAAAACAAUACAAGGCGAGCUGGGCUGGAUCUCUUAUCCACCUCAUGGGUGGGAGGAGAUCAGCGGUGUGGAUGAGCACUACACACCUAUCAGGACUUACCAGGUUUGCAAUGUCAUGGACCACAGUCAAAAUAAUUGGCUGAGGACAAACUGGGUGCCCAGGAACUCAGCUCAGAAGAUUUAUGUGGAGCUAAAGUUCACCCUGCGGGACUGUAAUAGCAUCCCACUGGUUUUGGGAACUUGCAAGGAGACUUUCAACUUGUACUACAUGGAGUCUGACGAUGACCACGGAGUCAAAUUCCGAGAGCAUCAGUUUACAAAGAUCGACACCAUCGCAGCUGAUGAAAGUUUCACUCAGAUGGAUCUUGGGGACCGUAUUCUUAAACUCAACACUGAGAUUAGAGAAGUAGGCCCUGUCAACAAGAAGGGAUUUUACCUGGCAUUUCAAGAUGUUGGUGCUUGUGUUGCCUUGGUAUCUGUGAGGGUGUAUUUCAAAAAGUGCCCGUUUACAGUGAAGAAUCUGGCCAUGUUUCCCGACACAGUACCCAUGGACUCCCAGUCUCUGGUGGAGGUGAGAGGUUCUUGUGUCAAUAAUUCUAAGGAGGAAGAUCCUCCCCGGAUGUACUGUAGUACAGAAGGAGAGUGGCUGGUGCCCAUUGGCAAGUGCUCCUGUAAUGCUGGAUUUGAAGAAAGAGGUUUCAUGUGUCAAGCUUGUCGACCAGGCUUCUACAAGGCUUCAGAUGGUAAUACGAAAUGUGCCAAGUGUCCACCUCACAGUUCUACCUAUGAAGAUGGUUCAGUGCACUGCAGGUGUGAGAAUAAUUACUUCCGAGCAGAAAAAGACCCUCCAUCCAUGGCUUGUACCCGACCUCCAUCUGCACCAAGAAAUGUUAUCUCUAAUAUAAAUGAGACCUCCGUUAUCUUGGAUUGGAGCUGGCCUCUGGACACGGGAGGCCGGAAAGAUGUUACUUUCAACAUCAUAUGUAAGAAAUGCGGGUGGAAUGUGAAGGAGUGCGAACCAUGCAGCCCAAAUGUCCGCUUCCUCCCUCGACAGUUUGGACUCACCAACACCACGGUGACAGUGACAGACCUCCUGGCACACACGAACUACACCUUUGAGAUUGAUGCUCUUAACGGGGUUUCAGAGCUGAGCUCCCCACCAAGACAGUUUGCUGCAGUGAGCAUCACAACUAAUCAGGCUGCCCCCUCACCUGUUACAACGAUUAAAAAAGAUCGGACAUCCAGAAACAGCAUCUCUUUAUCCUGGCAAGAACCUGAACACCCUAAUGGGAUCAUACUGGACUAUGAAGUCAAAUACUAUGAAAAGCAGGAGCAAGAGACAAGUUACACCAUUCUGAGGGCCAGAGGCACUAAUGUUACCAUUAGUAGCCUCAAACCGGAUACCACCUAUGUGUUCCAAAUUCGAGCCAGAACAGCAGCUGGAUAUGGGACCAACAGCCGCAAAUUUGAGUUUGAAACUAGUCCAGACUCUUUCUCCAUCUCUGGUGAAAAUAGCCAAGUGGUGAUGAUUGCUAUUUCAGCGGCAGUAGCAAUUAUUCUCCUGACAGUUGUGAUCUAUGUUUUGAUUGGAAGGUUCUGUGGCUUUAACAAGUCAAAGCAUGGUACAGAUGAAAAGCGACUUCAGUUUGGGAAUGGACACUUAAAACUCCCAGGACUUCGGACCUAUGUCGACCCACAUACCUAUGAAGACCCUACACAAGCAGUGCAUGAGUUUGCUAAGGAGUUGGAUGCCAGCAACAUAUCCAUUGACAAAGUGGUGGGAGCAGGUGAAUUUGGAGAAGUAUGCAGUGGUCGCUUAAAACUCCCUUCCAAAAAAGAGAUUUCAGUGGCCAUCAAAACCCUGAAAGUAGGCUACACGGAGAAACAGAGGCGGGAUUUCCUGGGAGAAGCAAGCAUUAUGGGACAGUUUGACCAUCCCAAUAUCAUUCGACUGGAGGGAGUUGUUACUAAAAGUAAGCCAGUUAUGAUUGUAACAGAAUACAUGGAGAAUGGUUCUUUGGACAGUUUCUUACGUAAACACGAUGCCCAGUUUACCGUCAUCCAGCUGGUUGGGAUGCUUCGAGGGAUAGCAUCUGGAAUGAAGUACUUGUCGGAUAUGGGAUACGUUCAUAGAGACCUUGCCGCUCGGAACAUCUUGAUCAACAGUAAUUUGGUGUGCAAGGUUUCUGAUUUUGGACUUUCACGUGUUCUAGAGGAUGACCCCGAAGCUGCUUACACCACACGAGGUGGGAAGAUCCCAAUCCGGUGGACGUCACCAGAAGCAAUAGCCUAUCGCAAAUUCACAUCCGCCAGUGACGUCUGGAGUUAUGGGAUUGUUCUCUGGGAGGUGAUGUCUUAUGGAGAGAGACCCUACUGGGAGAUGUCCAAUCAGGAUGUAAUUAAAGCUGUGGAUGAGGGCUAUCGCCUGCCACCCCCCAUGGACUGCCCAGCUGCCUUGUAUCAGCUGAUGCUGGACUGUUGGCAGAAAGACAGAAACAACAGGCCCAAGUUUGAGCAGAUUGUCAGCAUUCUAGACAAGCUCAUCCGGAAUCCCGGCAGUCUGAAGAUCAUCACCAGUGCUGCAGCAAGGCCAUCAAACCUUCUCCUGGACCAAAGCAACGUCGAUAUCGCUACCUUCCGCUCAACAGGUGAUUGGCUCAAUGGUGUUCGGACGGCGCACUGCAAAGAAAUCUUCACAGGCGUGGAAUACAGCUCUUGUGACACCAUUGCCAAGAUUUCCACAGAUGACAUGAAGAAGGUUGGUGUUACUGUUGUUGGGCCACAGAAGAAGGUCAUCAGUAGCAUUAAAGCUCUAGAAACACAAUCCAAGAAUGGUCCAGUUCCAGUGUAAAGAACUGGAGGAAGCGGUGGCUAUGGAUGAUGGUGCAUCCUUUAGUGGGCUAAUGAGAUUUGGGAAAGAAGAGUGGAAGUUCCAAGUCCAAUAAGACACUCAACUAUGAGUACAAAUGCCUUAACGUGAAAUUGAAAAACUCUUUAUUUUCCCCUGUUAUUUAGUGGAUGAGUGGGUGGGUGGGUGUAUUUCAUUUUGUAAUUGCUUUUAAAAUGUAUUAGUUAAUGAAUUAAAUUAAAGUUUUUCAACUCAAAAUGGUGAAGAACUAGCAUCGAGCCAUUGAUCAGAGAGGAUCAUAGAAGCAAAACAAGAAAACAAAAUGGACAUAACAGCGUGUUCAGGAUAACCACAAAUUAAAAGACUUGUGAUAUUUUUAUACGCAAAAGAAAUCUGUAACAGGUAUUUUGUUUCUUUAAAAGUGAGCAAAAUAGAGGACUUUAUACCUCAAACUAUCUGGCCAUAUUUACUACCUUUUCAUUGUAUUAGUCUUAUUUUUAAUCUAUGUUUAAAGCAGAUAGAGAUGAAGUUUGUAGUUGGUUGAGUACUACACAUCUUAAAAUUGUUAGCUUCUUUAAGUGUAUCAUGUAAGAUGUGUUUUAAUUUUUGAAAAAAGUUAUGUAUUUAUUUCCUUUUGAAUUUUUAUUGUUUUAUAUUUAUGCCUUGUUGAUUUAAUUUGGAGUUAACAGCCAAGUGCCAAAUGCUUUCUCAAGUUCAGCAGAAGGAAACAUUAAUAAGACACAUAGAAUGAUGUUUCCUUCUAGAUUUUAGUGAAUCAUUUACUAUUAUGUCAUUAAAACAUGACAUAUUUUUCCUAUUCAUAUGGCAACAACCUCUCCCAGUCUGAAUUAUUUCAUUUAUGUUUGUCUCUGUAUGUCCUACAAACUAUAUGCUCCUAAAGAGUGUAAUAUCCUCAUUUGUACAUGAUGGAUUUUUAACCAGAUAACAUACUAUCCCUCCAGUGAUAUGGAAACUGCAUUAGAGUUCCUAAAAUAGUUACACUGGAAAGAAUUGAUAUGCUCCAUAGGUUGUUGCAUUAACUGAACAGCAGAUAGGUCAAUGCAUGAGU